GCAGCAGCAUCUCCCAUGUCACAUGUUGGUGAGUUUCACUUCUCAGUGAUACAGGAAGCACAAGCCGCGUAUGAAUCAAAAGCCUGAGAAGCCGAGAGGACAUUUGUUCACAUGUAGAACAGACGCCAAGAACCAUUUUCCAUCCUGCAGUGAUUCAGGGGGGCCCAGCAACAUGUUUCUCUCCGUGACAGCAGUGCUCAUGCUCUUCUCGUGCGCACAUGGAGAAAAUCCUGCAAUACAAGUCAUCCUGACCAACAAAGGCCUUCAGUACGGUAAGCACGCAGGUACAGACUGGAUUCAGAAGAUGUUGGAGCACGUCACCCUCCCGGACAUCAGUGGCAAAGUCAACGUAGGCUUCUGGUGCAGCAUCCACUACACACUGACGAACACCAGUAUAGAGAAGUGUGACCUUCCAGAGCCGUCUGCUGACUUCUAUCCCGAUGCCACAGGAUUAAAGACAUCCAUGUCAGGCCUCAGUGUUGCACUAAGCGGACAGUGGAUGACACACUUUGGCAUAAUACAUGACAAGGGAUCGUUCGACAUGGCCAUACUCGGUGUGGAUGUGACCUCUGUGGUGGAGCUGGGCAAAGAUGCUGACGGCCAUUUGUCUGUCUCUAGCGCCAAUUGUGUAGCUCAAGUUGGAGAUGUGGACGUACGAUUCCAUGGUGGAGCCAGCUGGAUUUUCAAGCGUUUUGUGAAGCAUUUCAAGAAGCGAAUCAGCAAAGAAAUAGAGAACAGAAUUUGCCCUAAUGUGGAGGAAUUGAUUGCAAGCGUAGAGUACCACCUACAGGCAAUGAACGUUUCCUUCGAAGUGGAUCCGGCUAUGGCCAUGAACCUCUCUCUCAGCACCUCACCUACCAUUGAUGUUUCCAGUUUGAAUCUGGGUCUCAAGGGCGAGUUCUUCAGUGAGAAAACUCGUGCGGACCCUCCGUUUGAGGCCCAGCCCUUCACCAUGCCCGAGCAGCAGGCCUUCAUGUUGUCAGUGGGCCUGUCUGAGUUCACUCUGAACUCUGCCUCAUACGUAUACUACUCAUACGGAGUGUUCCAGCGUUUCAUCGACGACAGCAUGAUCCCACCAGGCUUUCCUUUGCACCUAAAUACCAGCUUAAUGGGACCCUACGUUCCUCAGCUUCCCAAAAUGUUUCCAGGUCUGCUCAUGGAUCUGCAUGUUUAUGCCAGAGACACGCCAAUGUUUUCCUUCCAGCCAGGUGCAGUCAAACUGGGCAUCCAGGGCGCCGUCAAGGCCUUCGCCAUCCAACCGAACGGUACCCAGACUCCACUGUUCCAGCUCAAUAUUGACUUGACAUUAAGCAGUAAAGUGUGGAUUGCUGAUGGAAAAGUGAAAGGCUCCGUUUCAACAGACAAUUUUACACUGACGCUGGCAGGAAGUGAAGUGGGAAGCUUCGGGACCGACGCUUUGGAAAACAUUGCCAGAAAAGUUGUUGAGAUGGGGUUGGAAAUACUGAACAAGAGACUGGGCAGAGGCCUCGUUUUACCCCGACUGAAACGAGCCCAGCUAGUCAACUCGGUUCUGAAGGUGCAGGAGGGAUUCAUAGCCCUGUUUUCUGAUGCUGACGUGUUUCUGACAGACAGAGGCUUCAACCAACAGAACUGAGUAACUCUGGUACAUCAACCAUGAAGACUUUUCAUCUCAGUUCAGAUUCAUACACUUCACACCAGUCAACACACAGAUGUUUCUAUCCAUCUAUAUAUACACAUAUAUAUCUAUAUGACACCACAUAAGUAUCCAGUUGAGUCUGGAUACUAGAGUGGAAAAGACAAAUUAUUGCUACACAAUAAAAAAAAAUGCACAACCAUCAUGUCAAAUAAACACGGACAAAGCCUGCAAUAAAUAAAAUCUCAUAUGUAUACAGCCUA